UUCCGCUAGUGCUAAAUGGCUUGUAGCUAGCUACGUUACCUCUACCUCGAAAAGUCAAGUGGUGCCUUUUGUGGUCAGAGUGCCAAGCAUCUGGUAAAUAUUACCCUAAAGGUUAUGUCAUGAAAGACUGAGUGGCCGCUAACCAUCUGCCUGCCCCAACCUCAGAGGCCAAGGUGCAGUGGCUACAUCCACGGACAAUGUGAAAAUAUACCACUUUAAAUGGGAUGCAAGAUCGACUGUAGAGGAUAUCUUAUUUGUUUCCAGGAAAACACUUUGGACCAUUUGUGGCCCGAACUGGUGCAUCAAUGAAUGAAGAACCUCCUGGCAGCCCUGUCCCUGGCAGAAAGCCUGUGGAAGAUGAUGUGGGACAAGGCGCAGAGAAGAGGAAGAGCAGUGAGUCAGAAAGCACCUCUGAGGCAGCACCAGCUCAGGAGCCCCUGGCCUCCUCAGACUCAGACCAUACAAAGGAAAACCCCAGCUCAGAUCCAGCACAGGAAAGCCCUGGAGAAGCAAGGGAGGAGGCUAAGGCCAUGUGUGGUGAGCCUCCUGUUGACUGGUUUGAGCCGCUUGAGGACGAUGAUGAUGAGGCCAAUAGUGGUUGUAGAAAUGAUCCAGAUGAAGAAAGCCUGGCUGGAGAAAGUGAAAAGAGUGAGAGCGUGGUGGGCAGCGAGAAGACCUCAAAGAUUUAUCAGCUUCACGUUCCUCGCCGUAAGCGAUCACAUCCUGAUGAAGGAUGGAUUGAAUGGCCAAUACUUGGAGAUGGCUGGAAGCGCAAAGAAGUUGUUCGGCGCUCAGGUUGUAGCAUUGGACAGAAGGAUGUAUAUUACAUGAGUCCACGGGGUGAUCGAGUGAGAAGCCGAGUAGAACUGGUUUCGGUGUUGGAGGGAUGUCUUGACUUGGCAACUUUUGAAUACAAGACAGGAAAGUUCUACGAGGGCGAAGCACAGCCCAUAAGGGUUCGAAGCAGAAUGAAGAGGAAGAUCCGGGAGCGUUCCUCCUCUGAGUCCAGCUGGAUGGACAGAGGAGAGGGGGCUGACACUCCAGACUCCCACCACAGGCUCACCCCCAGCCAGGGGCCCAAAAACCUCAACUCCAACCAGGCAAGCUUCUCCUCACAUAAUACCAUAGGAACUCCAAACCAAGGCUCUCGCAAUGAGGAUGCACCAGCAGAGGACAAAAUUAAACUUCCUCUUCCCUCAUCAUCAUCCAGACCGCUCCCGCUCCCUUCCAUAAAUGGAGAAAUCGGGUCAGAGGACAGCACUCUGGUCUGUGCCAAAUGUGGUAUUUCCUUCACAGGCACAUGGUAUGACAAACAAAGGAAGAGGCCCUGCUGUCCCACCUGUUGGGCAGCGUCAAAGACAAAAGAGCAUCCAAUGAUCCGUUUCAGAAAGUGGAUUCCUUGCGGACAGUGUGUGGGAUGCCACAACACGGUGAAUUGUGGGCAGUGUGCCAACUGCAAGCAUGGACUGCAGAGCCCCGAGUCCCGGAAACGCAUAUGCCGGAAACGCAAAUGUAUAUGUCCUAUUCGCAAGCAGGGCCCGGGAAGUGGAGGCUUCCUGCCGCAGAGGCCUUAUAAUGACAUUCCUGAAACAUUUGAUGACAGCAUGAGCUUUCAGAGCGAAGUUACAGACUCACAGCACCCGAGUCUCAAAAGCAGCGACACAGAGAACUUCUCAGUCAACGUGGACGUUGAAGAUGAGGAUGACUUGUCGACUGACGACGACGACGAUUGGCAUAAGAAGCGGAAGCGGCGGUCCUGUGGAGAAUGUAAAGCCUGCCUCUGCAGGAAAGACUGCGGCACAUGUGAUUUCUGUAUAGACAAACCCAAAUUUGGUGGCAGCAACAAGAAGAGGCAGAAGUGUCGACUACGCCAGUGCCAGAGACAGGCGAUGAGACACUUGCUGCCUUUCCAGAUGGGACAAGGUGACUAUGGACCAGAUGGAACGAUGCUGCCGGGCAGGCCUAGACCUCACUACACAUACAGUCGGAAGUCAAAUUUCAAGAAAAACAAAGGACUGACUGACUUUACCGACAAUGAAGAUGAUGACUGUAACUUUCAAGCAAUGAAUUGGUGCAGUGAGCUUGCCAGUGGUAGCAAACACCCCUAUGAACUGAAUGUGAGAAACCACCAAUCAUCUAUGCAGUUGAAUCAUUUGGAUUUUGGACAGCGGAAUGGACUGGCUGACAGAGUCCCUUACAUCAGCAACCACAACAACUCUGAACUGGACCAGCUAAACCGAUGGGAUGCAGAGAAGUCAUACAGAGAUGGUCAGAAGCAUGUUGAUGACGACGACAAAGAAGAGGAAGAGGAGCUGCCGAUGAUCACACAGAUCUUCAGUUUGGCUGAAAACUCAGCUGGAGGUGGUGCAGAUGUAGAAAACCAGCUAAUGAAGCUGCUGCACUCGUUGCGCUCCUCUGUACUGCCAAUCUUAUGGUAUGCUAUAAUGGUGGAGGGCCCGCAGCUGCAGCUCAUCCAGUGUUCGAAACAGUCCAAUAUGACCGACACCACGGUGCUGAUCGACCCGGGCUUCUGCUAUCAGGUCACCGUCCAGAAGCAGCCGCUGCUUCCCACCCACCCGCUGUACGACAAAUACCCAGGACGCUUAACCUCGGUGAGUGAAGUGGUCAAUCUGCUUUUGGGCCUGGAGAAGUACGUUGUGUGCCAGGGACUGCCCCCCCAAGAACCAUUAUCUAAAAAAGACCCGCUCAUAUUGGAGCGGGCAUCAACAUGUGAUUUCUUGGUGAAGAGGAAAGUGAGUAUCUGUAAUAACUGCAGAGCGUUGCGAGGACUUUAGCAUCAGCAAAGACGGAACAUGUGUGACCACAGUGGAGAACAGCGGCUCUCUGGUGCAACUUUCUGCCAUUUUCUCCUUUUUUUGUUUUGUUUUUUCUUUUGGUGGUAAUCCAGAAGAUGUUUUAUAGAUUUACCUCUGGACUGUAAUAGUAUGGUUUGAUUAUUUGAAGACUCACCAAAGGCAUUCCAGGAGCUGGGACACUGUAAUCCAGGCGUGUUUGCUCUCACAUGUAUUCUGUUAUUUUGGUUUAGGCCUUUUCUUCAUGACUGUUAUGCCAGAUUUUGAUCAGUGUGAUGAGUAGUAUCAGCCCACUGGGUGCUUAUUGUGCUGCUGGUUGAUUGGCACUCUUACUUGAGGAAUCUGUACGCCUCACCCCGUCACCCUUAUUACACUUUUGAGUGGUUGUUUUCCCCAGAUUUUGUCUCUCAGCCCAAAAAUGAUAUUUUAACCUAUUAACCCUCUUAUCUUUUAACCGCCAAGCAAGUGUUCACCAACAACUUUGCUUCAUUCAAGGUUGAGAUAUUUUUUGUGGAAUACAGACAUUAAGUUAAUGUUUAACCCUCUAUAUUAUUAUGUAUACCAGUAUGUGCAUUUAAAGGUAUUGAGAAAGAAGACUGAAAUACACUAGACUCUGAUUUAAGACUCCCAGUGUUUAGAAAAAUGCCUUCACCCCCUGCAGUCUUUUUCUUUUUUAAUUGAAUCUUGGUGGAUGAUGACAGAAAAAGGGAGAAAAUAAAUCUCUACAAAUUUACCAAAAUAAGUACAAACAUAAAACAGUGAGUGCCAAAGUAUUGCCUUCCUUUAUUAUGACACACUUAAAUCAUGAGAGGGGAACACAACCGGCUCACUUGUGUUCGCGAGAAGUACCAAUUGGGAAUGAAACCAGAGCAUCUUCAGGACACUGACACCCACAGGUCACCCAUGGUGACCCACAUGGCUCCAUAGCUGAGCUGGGAGACAGUGUUCAGACAACAACUGUUGUUUGCCAGCUGCAGCUUUACAUCAGAGAAGCAAAGAGAAAGCCACUAUUACAAGACUUUGAGACAUCUGAGGAAGUGACUGCCAGAAGACAUGUGGGAGAAAGAAACCAAGUUAAUGAAGCUUGUAUGGUCAGUGCACACAUCAGGUCUUCUGAUGUUUAUUGCAAGAAGAAGAACCUCUUAAAAAAAGUACCUCUAAUUAAUAUGAAGUCAGCUGGAUUUAAUACUUAAGCAAUCACAGACUUUGUCUUAUAUAUUUGUUACAUUUAAGAUUGAUAUCAGAUGGUCUUUCUUUCAGAUUAUUUUCAUUAAUUACAUCCACUCUGACCCAGUGUUCAAAAAGUGACAUAAACAGGUGUCAUACUUCUUAGAACCACUAAUUGCGAUGCAGUUGAACUACUCUGCUGUCUCACUUAAAAACAAAUUUACAACCAACAAAUGUGAAAAGAGUCAUUACAUUUGUCUUUACCACUGCUUAGAGAAUGCCAAGGAAAACAUCGGAAUCUUCCUCGUUCUUGGGCUGCGGCAGACGCUUUUGCACCGAAGAAGACAUGCGCUGGUUUUGAUUCAACACCUGAAAUAUGCUGAAGUUUCCACUUAGAUUAGAGUACGUACACUUCCAUCAGUAAAUCCUCGUAGAACGUAUUUUCCUAAAUGAUUCCCUCAAAUGAAACUGAUGGUGCGGCCAAAGCUCAUCUUACAGCUCGUGACAUUCUGUGUUUAUUUAGUUGACAGAAGUGUGUUAAGCCACUUUAGACCACAUCCUGCCAUCUAUGUUCUUGGCGAUUAUGAGAUUUGGUAUUUAAUAUUGUAUUUUAAACCUCACCGACUUUGUUUAAAUUGUAUAAUUGCAUUUUUCUCCGCCCCCCCUCUCUGUUGGAGUGUUGGAGUAAAUCGAUGACUCAAACAAUGUGAAAGCUAAUUUGUUCUUAACACAUAUCAGAUUUAUUUUUGCUAUUUUGGUUUCCUCAAGUAAUUGUGCAGAUUUUGAAAUGUUUGGGAUCUGCUAAUUAUUUCAAAGAUGUUGUUAUUUAGUCUUUGAAUUAAAACAUUUAAAGAACUGAAACAAACAUUUUCUAUACGUCCGGUCUGUGUCUUUCUGAAUGCAGUGUGCAAAUAAACUUCUCU